AUGUCGACAGAGACUUCAGAUCAUUAUCGACCAACAGUUAUAAAACAUGUCCCAUCUUUGGAACGUCUUGAUUUGAAGCUGAUUUCGGAAGACGAGAAGAUGAUGGCAGUAAGACACUCAAAUUUGACAUCUUUUACCGUUGUCGAUGGCGGUGUUGAAGAAGAAACAAAGAAGAUGAAUGAAUUAGAGAACAGUGAAACUCGAAAUGAUUUGUCAUCGGAAACAAAGGCGCAAAAAGAGGAACUUGUUAUUGCUGACAGUGCUGUUGUCGCUUCUAAAGAGGUUGACUUUUCAGAUUUGGCUGUUCACAAAUCGACACGUAUUUUUAAACCUCGUUGGUAUGCUCUGCUCCAACAUUUGGUCCGAUUCAUAAGUCGCGCCAGUUACACAGUGCUACUGAAUUCAAUAAGUAGGCUAAGUAAAUUCUGUUCUCUUAGGGACGAGUCGUCAAACCUUCGAGGCUCAGGCGAAGAUGUGCUGUCCAUCCGUGAGACAGUUUCUCAUCUUUCGUUGGUAAAUAAACAGGCGUUGGCGGAAAUUCUACAUCUUCUGCCUCGGUUAAAUGACGAUGCCCUCGCCCUCCUGGCCAAUGAAGUUGCGAACAGGCGACGCCACCACGAGGAAAGGGUGUCGCCUGCCUCAUCGACUCGUGUCACUACGCCAUAA